AUGACGAUAAGAUGGAGAUUUGUUCGGCCUGUCUUCAUCCCUAUUUCCCUAGGCACUAAGAGCGUUCUCCCAAGUCCAAGGCCUGACUGGCGUAUAACGGGUAAGAAAGCUGACGAACCAGAUGUUGCAGAGUUCAUAUCGGCAAUUGCAGCCGGAAACAACGCUCAACUCAUGGUGGUUGCAUGUGCUGGGGUGGCCGGCUCUACCACCCAAGGCCUCAUUGUUGCAUCUCAUGAAACUGGUGGUAGGCUGAUCUGCAUGGUCAAGGUAAUCGAGGAGCUUCACUAUUCCAAGCAAGCUCUUAGCUUAGAUGCGAGCCAAGUAGAGUUUGUUGUAGGAAAUGCUCAAACUCUCUUGUCAAAUGACUACAAAUCCACGGAUCUUGUGGUAAUUGACAGCAAUGUAGAUAAUCAUGAAGGGAUUUUGGGAUCUAUACAAAAUGAGCGAGCAAAGAGUACGAUUGUUUUGGGGUAUAACACAUUUUGGAAGGAUUCGUGGGUUUGGAGCAGAUCAAACAGUCACUUGUUGCCCAUAGGAGAAGGGUUGCUAUUGAUGAGAAUUGUCGGACAGUCUGAUGAUGGUGGUUGCAAGAACAGUGGCCAUGGCGGCAACAAUGGCGGAAGGUGA